AUGAUGAAAGGAAGUAAAUUAUUAUGUUGUUGUCGAAGUAAAAAAGGUUACAAUAAUGAUGAGCCAGUGUCGCCAUUUGGGAGUAAUUCAUUCAAGGAACCUACUAAAAAUUCUAAUUCUAAUGGAGAGGGAAUGAAAAAAGUUAAUGAAAAAGAAACAAUUAGUAGUAAUAAUAAAAAUACAAAUGAUAGUAGAAUUCCAUUAACGGAAAGACAAAAAUUUCUGUUAAUAAAAAAUUGGAAGGGCAUUUCUAGAAGAGCAAGAGAUGCUGGUACUAAUUUAUUUGUUCAAUUACUAAGCGAACAUCAAGAGUUAGGGGAGUACUUCAAAUUUGGAAAUGUCAAAGAAAAAGAUAAAUAUGAAAUGAUGGCUGAUGAAAAAAUACAGAAUCAUGGUGAAGCUGUUAUGAGAAUACUUGAUUCUGUGAUAACAAGUGUAAAUGACCCUCAGGAGAUGUUUAGAAUAUUAGAAGAACAAGGAAAAGAACAUGCAACUAAAAAAAACUUCAAACCGGAACUUUUUAGGGAAGUUGAAGAUGCUUUAUUUUAUUCAAUUAAAUUAAUUUUGGAUGAACGAUAUACAGAUAAUAUGGAUAAUAUUUAUCGUAUAGUUAUGAAAACUAUUCUUAAAACAUUAGAAGAUUCAUGUAGAGAAGAAAUGAUAAGACUUGGAAUAUUAAAAAGUCAAUGA